GCCGGGCCCGCGCGGCUGCUGCGGAGCGACCGGGCCGGGCUGCGGGCCGCGCCAUGGUGUGGAGACAGCUGUCCUUCCACAAGCUCAGGCCUGCCUGGAAGUCACCAGCCCAUUGCCGUUCCUGCCCUGCACUUAGGUGGCUGGCUACCGCAAGUCUGUUGGGACAGGACUCUCGUGUCCUGCCUGAAUUCAGCCUCAUUGAGCCAGCCAUCCCCACGUGCUUCCUGCUGAGGAAGCCCCCUGCUCAGCACUGACCAUGUCUAUUAUGGACCACAGCCCCACCACGGGUGUGGUCACGGUCAUUGUCAUCCUCAUCGCCAUCGCCGCCCUGGGGGCCUUGAUUCUGGGCUGCUGGUGCUACCUGCGGCUGCAGCGCAUCAGCCAAUCAGAGGACGAAGAGAGCAUCGUGGGGGAUGGCGAGACCAAGGAGCCCUUCCUGCUGGUGCAGUACUCGGCCAGGGGACCUUGUGUGGAGAGGAAGGCCAAGUUGAUGACUCCCAACGGUCUGGAAGUCCACGGCUGAACAAGGAUGCAAGGCUCCAGGUCCUGUUCGCAGCCAGCGGAGAGGCGCUGGGAGGCACAAGACCACACAGACAUGCUGCUGUCUGGGAGGAGGGGUUGACAUUUGCUGGCAUGGCCUCAGCGGGCUUCAUCACCGCAUGCAUGGACUCCCGGGGGCCUAGCUGUCCAGAGCUUCCCCCUGGCCUCUUGGUGGGGCUGCCCAUUGCAGGCAGUGGGCAGGCCUGCCCUUGCCGGGGCUCAUGGCCCCAUAGCGCUUUUGUUACUUGAAUGUUUAGCUGAGCCUGUUCUUGAUGGAGCGACUACUGUAAUGCGUGAACUAACAUACCUGUGAACUGUAAAUAGGCCCCCAGAAGCACGUGCUUAAGCCCUUUUGCUGAUUUUUAAAACCAUCAUAUAGUGCACACAGGACUGGUUUGAUUACACCUGUACUGAUGGCAAGCUGAGUCAAGACCAUGGAGGGUCCUAGAUGUGCAAGGCCCAUGUUGUGUUCAGCUGGGGUCUCUGAUGUGUAGCUGUGUGUCUGUCUGUGAAGGGGUGAGAUGUGGGUUUAGAGUCUAGUGGCUUACCAGUAGGGUACCUGGGUGAUUUCAGUUGGUUAGUAAUGGAUGGAAGAAUACCCCUUCCUCCUUUCUCCAGGUUAAGUAGCAAUUCCUGUUGAUAGAGUUACUGCAAGGACGCUACUGUACCUGCCUGGGAGCCAGUGAAGGACGAGUCUGGACGCACAUCCUGAGGGCUGCCAGGUGUCCCAGUAGCAGAGUGGUUUCUUGCCCUGUCUUAAGCAUGCUGAGCACUCUAUCCCCCUUGGCGUGGGCUUGGCUGUUCCUUGCUCUGGUCCUCAGAAAUGCCAAAGCCCAUGUUGGUUACUUUAAACAGUCUGAAACCCAGUUGCCCCAAGAAAGAAAACGUGCUUUUUAUUUCUGUGUUUGAUAUUUUCUGCACUGGAGGGGGAGGGGACUGUUGCGUUUUCUGGGGUUUCCCCCUUUCCCUUUUCACAAGUCAGCUUCCUUUCCUAAUCACUACUCACCUGGUGGGUAUUGGAUUUCACUUUCCUCCACGGGUCUUGAGGCAUCAAAUGCCAAUGGUAGGUCAUUUCUUGUGUGCGUAGUCACACAGGAGCUCCUGGACCACUUGCUGCCAGCCUUUGCUUAGUACAGAGGCAGGGGGUGAAUUUCCAAUUCAGGACUUGAUCCUUGAACAGAUGAUGAGUUGGUGGCUCUCAUCGAGCCAGUGCCUCAGUAGCCUGCAUCUCCAAGGUAUCAUUUUAGUGAACUUGCUUGGAUUUUUAAUCUCACCACUGUAACCACACUCUAAACUACUAUGAUUAAAACAUGAUUUGUGUCAGCAUCCUUGGUAAUGAUCCAGAGGCCAAUCCUGGCUUAGAAAGUCCCAGCUCUACCACACAGUGCAGGCCCUUAACAGUUGAGCUCAAAGUUCCUCUGGCCUCACCCACGCCUCCUCUAAAAAGCAAGGCAUGUUGAACUAAUUCACUUUCUAGAAUCCCAAGCGGUAGCUAUAGGAAAUGUACAGUAUAUACCUAAACUAGGGGUCAAACAUUAGGUAAUAGUUGGGGCUGAGGAGGGAGGUAGCUCAAAAGGCCAUCUUGGGCUGAGGGCAGUCAUGACACCACAGGUGGGUUCCUGGGAAACUCUUAGGAAGCAGAAGAAACUACAUUGGCCACUAACAGGGUGGCCAAGUUCAAGAAGAAAUGGCCUUGCUACAGAUGGGCUGUCAGCAGAGGCCCUGCAGGCUGAGUGGGCAGGACACAUUGCUGCAUAGGAAGGGGGGAUCCAGCCACUGGAGCCAGGCCCAGGAGGGACAACAGAAGUCCCAAAGGUGCCAACUGGAAGAUGAGGAAGGUUUGCUCUGUUGUGUCAGGAAAGGAUGGGGUGUUCGAUCCAUCCCCCUUGUGUUCCAGAACCAAGCUUUCUACCUCUAUUCUCACGGAAGCCAGCAGCAUAAGCCUAGGCCGUUUCUCCUUCAGCUCCACACUUGAGUAACCCCAGAGCAGCUGAGAUUUGCAUUUUCAGUCUCCCAGCCUGACCCUGGAACUGACCAGCCUGACUGUCACACUCAUCUCACCCUAUGGUUAACUUGUCAGUGAAAUUUUGGUUUUGAAAUGAUUAAAUAUCGCUUUCUUAUCAGUUUCACUUUUGGAGGCUUUUUUAUUCUACUCCUGGAUACCAGGGACAUCCCUUGAGUUUGAAUCUGGCAUAAUGGAAUGUCACGGGCAGGGGUGAGAGGCCAGGUGGGGGAUGUUUGGGAGAAUGAAAAUGCCUGUAGAACUAGUGAACAACCACAUAACAGCUCUCACUGUUCUUAUUCAUCAGUAGCUACUUUUUUAAAUGUAGACACCAGAGCCACAUACUCAAAUGGCUUAGUAAGUUAUGACCUCUCUUUGAAUUCUUUCUGAAUAGCCCAACUGUUGCGUUUUCUGACUGAUCAGAAAUUAAGCUUUCAUUCUUCAUAUCCUUACAGAAGUGACAGUAGGGGGUAGGGAGGGAGCUCUUGACACUGAGCCACGAAAAUAUGGACUAAUUUUUUAGACAAAUCCUCAAACAGACUGUGCUACUGUUUUUGUUUCAAAGCUACCAAGUUUGUGCAAUAAAUGGAAGGGAUGUCAUCCUUCUUCAAUAAAUGCUGAAUGACAUUCAAGUUGACUUUCUAGACCACUGAGAAAAUCUUUAUUUACAAUAAAUUUCAAUAAAAUUUGCAUAAAUAUAUUCCCAAUGUA